AUGGGAUUAGUAUUCUUAAGCAGUUGGAUUGUUUCAAUUUUAGUUACUUAUCAGAUAUUUAAGAAGAAGAAUAAAUAUCAAUUUGGUAGGAGCAACUCAUUACCAUACACAGAAGAAAAGAUGUCAUAUCCAGUUGAAAAACAAUUCAAGAACUUUGAAGACCUCGCUGACCCAAACUAUGUUCCAGAGAAGCUUAGAGGUAAAAAGUACCUAGCCAAAGAGCAUUGUCUUAGAGUCAAGAAGUUACUAUUAUCUAAAGUCAAGAGUCUAAAUGCCUCCAAGACUGGUAUUUUUAUUGCUGGUGAAGAAAUGAAAGGUGUUAAGUACUGUGAUGCUUUCAAAGAUUUCAGACAAAAUCAAUAUUUCUACUACUUAUCUGGUGUUUACGACAUCCCAGGUUGUUCUUUAUUUUUUGAUUUCCAUGACGAUUCAUUGACAUUAUUCUUACCAAACGUCGAUACCGAAGAUAUCAUGUGGAGCGGUGAACCACUGUACCCAGAAGAGGCCCUAAAGAAAUACGAUGCCGAUGCUGUAAAGUAUUAUUCUGAUCUUGAAUCGGAAAUUAUCAACAAUACCAAAUACAGUGACUACUUGAUUUUCACUACUGAUUUAGAUAAUGUUCACAUUGAUGCUUUAGCUAAGAAAUUAACCCCUAAGGACAAAGAUUUUUUCUUUGCUAUGGAUGAAACUAGAGUGAUCAAGGACUGGUACGAAAUUGAAAUUAUCAGGAGAGCUUGUGAAAUCAGUGACAAAUCACAUUUAGCCGUCAUGUCUGCUUUACCAAUUGAAUUGAACGAACUGCAUAUUCAAGCGGAAUUCAAGUACCAUGCCACCCGUCAAGGUGGUCGUACCCUUGGUUAUGAUCCUAUUUGUUGUUCUGGUCCAGCAUGUGGUACCUUACAUUACAUCAAGAAUGAUGAGGACGUCCACGGCAAAGUUUCAACUUUAAUCGAUUGUGGUGCUGAAUGGAGAGGUUACACUAGUGAUGUCACUAGAUGUUUCCCGUUAUCAGGUAAAUUCACAAAGGAACACCGUGACAUCUACGAAACUGUUCUUGACAUGCAAAGUCAAGCAAUGGAAUUGAUCAAACCAGGUGCUGAAUGGGAUGACCUACACUUCCUAACACACAGAGUAUUAAUCCAACACUUCCUGAAGCUUGGUAUCUUCAAGAAAGAGUUCUCUGAAGAAGAGUUGAUCAAGAGAAGAGUAUCUGCUGCUUUCUACCCUCACGGUCUAGGCCACAUGCUUGGUAUAGAUGUGCACGAUGUUGCUGGUAACGCCAACUACGAGGACCCAGACCCAUACUUCUGUUACUUGAGAAUCCGUCGUCGCUUAGAGGAGAACAUGGUUGUAACCAACGAACCAGGUUGUUACUUCAACGAGCAUCUAAUUAAAAACUUCCUAAAGAGUCACUCAGAAAGACUCGAGACUGUGAACAUGGACGUUGUUGCCAAGUACAUGCACGUCGGUGGUGUGAGGAUAGAAGACGAUAUUCUAGUUACGGCCAAAGGUUACGAAAACUUGAACAAGGUUACCAGUGACCCUGAUGAAAUCGAAAAGAUCGUGUCCGCUGGUCUUGCCAAGGGCCGUUCUUCAUUCCACGUUUUAGCCUAG